AUAAACUGUCUCGCGACGCGCGCUUUCCCUUCUUUCCUUAGUGAACUAUGAAGAAGACGUCGAGAGACUCGGAGAAAAGGAGCUUUCGGCAGGCGUUCAGCGGAUAGCACGGUUCUAGCGCACUUCUGACGGACUUCUACUCCUCAGCCCGCAAAAAAAUCUUGAUCGCAGCCGCCUGAGAGAGUCUGGAUGGACCGGGAAGGAGCCUCGAGCUCGAGACGCGAUAACGGAAUAAAGCCCAUGCCGAUUAUAUAAGGGUUUUGCGACAAAGAAAGUCGGCUCGCUUCCUCAUCACUUCGCCCGAAUAGGCUCAACUGCACGUCAGGGGUUAUAUUAUGGACAAUGUACCCUUUGAACUGGACUUCUCAGGAUUAUUUUCCACGUUCAGACAUGCCGAGAAACCGCGCGGUCUCGUUACUGGACUCGUUCGGACUCUGGAUUUAGAUGAUAGCGUCUUGAUGCCUGCAGGUUUGUUCUGGUCUUGAGAUUGCUCUGUCAAGUCUUCAUGCUGUGGGCAUGUUGCCUUCGCCCCAGGUGUGCGUGUCUACUCUGGUGACAGUGAGCACGAUGGCUGUGGUUGACCUCUACCUGCUGGAGCAGAGCAUGCUGGGACCUCGAGGCGGAGCCCGUCCUCCAGUAUGGCCAUGUGUAGCUGUCGCACUGGGCGACCUGUGUUUCCUCCUGGCGCUGCGCUUCGUUUCUGCAGGUGUGGUUUCGGAGGCUCGCUCUCCCCGGCGGGGCUUCGCCAACGCUCUCUGGUUCCUUUUCCUCUCGCUGCUGCAGCUGAAGCUGUUUUUUGUGUGUCAGAACUACAGACAGGAGAGACGACCGCCGGAUCCUCUUGCCCGCAAGACGCUGACUCUUCUACUUUCAGUGUGCCUGCCCUCAUUGUUCCUCAUCCUGACAGGAGCCGAUUACAUGACACCCCUCCGUAGGAAGCAGGAGGUGCGCAGUCGGCUUCUGUGGGUGGUGGUUGACUUGCUUGAUGUGUUGGAUCUGCAGGCCGGCCUGUGGGAGGUGCAGGGCAGUGUGGGGGUUCCUCUUUGGGUGGAAGGUAUAGUCUUCUUUUACUGUUAUGUACUGCUGCUCUUGCUGCCUUGCGUGUCGCUCACGGAGCUCGGUGCUGCUGCACUGCCGGCGGCUCGGAAGGAGGCCAUUUAUCCAUGGCUCAGCCUGGUGACAAUUAAUGUGUUCACACUCGUGCCCAGAGGGGUUGGGAUGCUGUGGUACAGGGACCCUCGGGUGUCCACUGUGUUUUUAGGGAAAAACUUGCUGGCUCUUGCGGUAAAGCUGAGCUCUGCCUGGGAGAGGCACAAAAAGGGCAGCAGAGGGUUGGCGGGAGCAGGAGCAACCACUGGAUUGGGAAACCAGACUCGAGAUGUGGCCUCAGAACAAGCCACAGAACAAGAGCAGGAGUGCACAUCUCCAGUGGCGUCCUCUACACGCUACCAUACCCUUUCACGCACUCACGGACACAGCCACUCACUCUCUCACGUAAGCCUGGAUCCCACCGAGACCUCGCUGGGACCAGCUUACAUUUCCCACGAGCUCUAGAGGUCAGAAGCUGCCAGCAACUGGAAUUUGUGGGCUCGUAACUAUCCCUGGAGUCUCAGUGCUUUUGGCAAGAUUAGCAGAGAUAACUCAUCGUAUUAGCACACUUUGUAGUUUGUACAACUGAUGAUUUGUAAAGCCAAACACGAGCAGCCUACUGUGGUGUGAGACUCCCAGACAAAAUGGUGAUAAGGUUGAGAGGUGGGAGCCGUUUUUUAAUUAAGUGCCUUCUUUAAAGUACAACAAUUAAUAUUGUUACUCUUGUUCAUUUUGGUGUUCAUCAAGGACUUGAAUUAAACCAUGUACUGUGAAGCAUGACCGCUGGUAAUAUUUC